AGAAACCAAGCUCCUCUCUGUGUGUGACAGAGCCUGGCACCCUGCUGCAAGAUGCCCAAAAUCUCUCUGCCAGUCCACUUCCUCUGCCUCCUCGCCUUGUCCUCAGCCUGCUACAUCCAGAACUGCCCUCGAGGAGGAAAGCGAGCCCUGCCCGACACCGAGAUCAGACAGUGCAUGCCCUGUGGCCCCGGGAACAGAGGGAACUGCUUCGGCCCCAACAUCUGCUGCGGAGAGGAGCUGGGCUGCUACGUGGGCACUUCUGAAACCCUGCGCUGCCUGGAAGAAAACUACCUGCCUUCCCCGUGCGAGGCCGGCGGGAAAGCCUGCAGCUCGGGAGGGAGGUGUGCCGCCCCUGGCGUUUGCUGUAAUGAUGAGGGCUGCACCAUGGAUACCAUUUGCCUGGAUGAUGAGAAUGACAGAAGUCGAGAGCCCUCAGAGAAGAACCUGACGGUGCUGGAUGGCUCGGCGAGUGACUUCCUGCUCAAGUUGAUGCAUUUGGCGAACAGGCAGCAACAGGGGAGGCACCAGUUCUACUGAGGGAAAGGUGCGGCAUCAGAGAGGCGUCUAACAGCGAGUAUGCUGCUUACGUUUGGCAGCACCUCCCAAAAUCCUGACACGAUGUAAAGGGGCAGCCCUUUCAGAGCAUUGUAAAUA